AUGCUUGCCCUUCGUGCCCCGUGUGCCACCCACCAGGUGCUUCGCUCGGAGCUAAGGGACAUGCGCAACGCACAGCAGGCCAAGGCGGGUGGCAAGCAGAAGAUUGAUCUUGCUUGCCCCUUUUGUUGUCCUUUGUGUGCCUCCCACCAGGUGCUGCGCUCAGAGCUAAGGGACAUGCGCAACGCACAGCAGGCCAGAGCAGGCACGUGGCAGUGCAGCAGAGGUGCACCCUACUGUGUUGCGCUCAGAGCUCAGGGACAUGCGCAAUGCGCAGCAGGCCAAGGCGGGCAGGCAGCAGUGCAGCAGAGGUGCACCCUAGUGCUCCGCUCAGAGCUGAGGGACAUGGGCAAUGCGCAGCAGGCCAAGGUGGGCAGCAGUGCAGGAGACGCGCACAUUGCUAGCCUCUUAUCCUUCCCUUCCCACCCACCAGGUGCUUCGCUCCGAGCUGAGAGACAUGUGCAACGCGCAGCAGGCCAAGGCGGGCACGGGGCAGUGCAGCAUUGUGCUCCGCUCAGAGCUGAGGGACAUGCGCAACGCGCAGCAGGCAAAGGCGGGAAAAAUCACACCUUGCUUGCCUCUUAUUCUUCCCUUCCAUCCAACCAGGUGCUCCGCUCAGAGCUGAGGGAUAUGCGCAACGCACAGCAGGCCAAGGCGGGCACGUGUCAGGUGCUGCGCUCGGAGCUGAGAAACAUGCGCAACCCGCAGCAGCAGGCCAAGGCGGGCAGGGGGCAGUGCAGGACAGAUACACCCUGCUGUACUGCUAAUGAAACCUCCUCUUGUUCCUCUUCCUUGCCCCUUUUUUGUCCUUUGUGUGCCACCCACCAGGUGCUUCGCUCGGAGCUGAGGGACAUGCGUAACGCGCAGCAGGCCAAGGCGGGAGGCAAGCAGAAGAUCGAUCUCGGCAACAACUUUGGUGGGGAGAGUGCAAGCUUCAUUGGCAAGAUCCUGCGCAGAAUAGUGGAGCGUCCUGAGUAG